GGAGGAGGUUUGGUGGUGGUGGUGGUGAGGAGGAGGAGGAGGUUUGUGGUGAGGAGGAGAGGUGAGGAGCAGCAGCAGGAGAAGAAGAGGAGAGAGAGGCCCUGAUCCUGAGCCGGUCAGUGGUGGGGGCCGAUUAUUUUGCGGCCACCGAAACUUGAUGCGGGUCACCUGGCUGGAGGAGGUCACACGAGCCCAGAUUCAGCCCCGAGAGCCUCGGACAAUCGAUGGGGGUGGGACCCGGAGCGGAGGUCUUUGCUGCGACGAGAACUGAGCCGCACAGCACGAUCACCAUCAAGGCAAUGAAGCUGGAAUUAAGUGAAUGGAUUUUUAAUUUAUUAACUUUGUCUAAAACAUAUUAGAGGCUUGGGGAGGGGGAAGUCUCGAAACAGGAAUGCUCUGUAUAUAAGUUGCAUACAGCACCCCCACCGCCAACCACCAAGCUGACCGUUGCGAGCAACAACAACCCGGAGAGCCAGAGAGAGGGACAGACGCCGGGGCAGGGGUGUGUUCCAUGACGGAUUUAAAGGAACCGAACGCUUGGAAGUUCGUCGCUUACAUCAAAGCUCUGCACGUCGGAGCGGUGGCUCCCGAGCCGCCGAGCCAACACGAGCCAGCGCGCGUUGCCGACGGGGCGCCAGCCGGUCCCGGGGGGGCGCCGGGGGAGCCAUGCGGCGCCUCCUCCUCCAACGACAACGAUGACGACGACAACAACGACAACAACGACGAGCGUUCGGAAAAAUCUCCGCGCGAGGGGCUGGCGCGGAAGGAACGGCGCGCGGCCACCGUCUCGUUCAAAAACGUGAAGGAGAACGGCGGCGGUGGUGACGGCGGUCGUGAUGGGGGAGGCGGCGGUGGUGGUGACGGCGGUCGUGAUGGUGGAGGAGGCGACGGAGGUGGCGGCGGUGGCCGUGAUGGUGGAGGAGGCGACGGAGGUGGCGGCGGCGUCCGUGAUGGUGGAGGAGGUGGCUGUGGCUGUGGUGGCCGUGAUGGUGGAGGAGGCGGCGGAGAAGUCGCGCUGCAGGCUAAAGUUGCUGCCACCACCGACGAUGACGAAGAGGAUCAGGAGGAGGAGGAGGAGGCCGACGAGCAGAGCGAGGACGGCGCCGUGACGAUCAAGCAGUGGGUGAUGCACGGCGCCAUCAUGUUCGGCCGCGAGUUUUGCUACGCCAUGGAGACGGCCCUCGUGACGCCCGUCCUCCUGCAGAUCGGCCUUCCAGAGAAGUACUACAGCCUCACGUGGUUCCUCAGCCCCGUGCUCGGCCUCAUCUUCACGCCACUCAUCGGCUCGGCGAGCGACCGCUGCCGGUCUCCCUGGGGCCGGCGCCGCCCCUUCAUCCUGGUGCUGUGCGUCGGCGUGCUGCUGGGCAUCACCCUCUUCCUCAACGGCGCCAACAUCGGUCGGCUGCUGGGUGAUGGAAACGGCGACAACCUCUACGGCAUUGUGCUCAGCAUCCUCGGCGUGGUCAUGCUGGACUUCUGCGCCGACGCUAGCGAGGGCCCCAUUCGGGCCUACCUCCUGGACGUGGUGGAGAGCGAGGAGCAGGACACGGCGCUCAACAUCCACUCCUUCUCGGCAGGCCUGGGCGGGGCGGUGGGCUACAUGUCGGGCGGCCUGAACUGGACCGGCACCUUUCUGGGCCGCAUCUUCCACUCGCAGGAGCAGAUCCUCUUCUUCUUCACGUCGAUCAUCUUCUCCUGCUCCGUCGUCCUGCACCUGUUCAGCAUCCCCGAGGAGCCGUACGUGCCGCUGCCGUGCAAGCAGGACAAGGAGGCCGGCGGCUCCAUCGGCGGCGCCUCUCCCACCAAGCGCGCGGCCCCCUCCCCGCGGCCGCUCCUCCGAGAAGACGACGAAGUGGCGGGCGGCGGCGUCUUCGCAGCCACUCGCUUCUCUGACGAGACGCGCUCCGAGAAUGAGCUGUGCCUGAGUGUCUUCAACGCUGACCUCGUGCGCAGCAAGAGCGACUCGGCACUGCACAUGUCAGACUCCGCCAUGGACGUCGAUUCUGAGCACGGCUUCCUGUGCCGCAUCGAGCCGUCCAUCUUCGACGACAGCCGCGACGGCAUUGCCGGACGAUCCGUCACGGGCAGUAGCGGCGGCAGCAGCGGCGACGUGAGCAUCCGCUGCAGGCCCAGCGGCUUCGACGAGACCGCGUUGAGCCAGACGGAAGCGGAUAACGCCAACCGGAGCGGCCCCGGGAAGAUGUGCGACCGAUCGCCGCCGGAGACCGACAAACAGCAGCAAAGCGGCACGGUCGAGGGCGCCACGGGUCAUUCGGGCGACGGGCUGCCGAGCAGGAGGGCCCGCCGCCCCGCUUGCCGGGCCCGCGGCUCCAGCUUGCGCCAGCAGGGCAGCUGUCGCCCCGGCCAGCGCCGGCGCUCGCGCCACCAGCAGCCGCACCACCACCACCAGAGGGCGCACGCCGGGCUGCUCAUCAAGCCAUCCCGCUCCACCGGGGACAUCCACGAGCUCGCCAAGAGACAGAGGCUGCUGUGCUCGUACGACCACCACCAGCACUGCCGCCUGCAGCGCCGGCACGAGGGCCAGUCUCCGAGCGACGGCGCCAGCUGCAGCGGCAGCGCCGGCGAGUCGGACUCGGAUGACGAGCGCGAGACGGUGAACACGGUGCGGCUGCUGUGGCUGUCCAUGCUGCGCAUGCCCCGUGAGCUGCGCCACCUCUGCACCUGCCACCUCUUCACGUGGUUCGCGCUCAUCUCGGCCGCAGUCUUCUACACCGACUUCAUGGGUCAGAUGGUCUACAGCGGGGACCCCACGGCUCCCGCGAACUCGACCGAGGUGCGUCUGUACAAUAGCGGCGUGCAGAUGGGCUGCUGGGGCCUCACCGUGUACGCGCUCACGGCAGCAGCCUUUUCAGCCGUGCUGCAGAAGUACAUGAGCGAGCAGGAGCCGUGCGUGAAGGGCGUCUACUGCCUGGGCACGCUCGGUUUCUCUGUCGGCAUGUCCAUCAUGGCCGCGUUUCCCAACGUCUACGUCUCCAUGGUCAUGAUCUCCACCAUGGGGCUGGUGUUCAUGAGCAUCGCCUACUGCCCUUACGCGCUGCUGGGGCAGUACCACGAGCUCAAGGAGUUCGUACACAGCAGCCCCGAGGGGACCAAGCGUGGCUUUGGCGUGGACUGCGCCAUCCUGUCGUGCCAGGUGUACAUCUCGCAGAUCCUGGUGGCGUCGGCGCUCAGCGGCUUCAUCCAGGCGACGGGCUCGGUGCGUGUGGUGCCCAUCGUGGCGGCCAUCGCUUCCUUCAUCGCCUUCCUCGUGGCGGCCUUCCUCGUCGUGUACCCGGCCGGCCAUGCCGAGCGUCGCCUCGAGAAGGCCAGGGCCCAGGCGGCAGCGGUGGCGGCGGCGGCGGCGGCAGACGACGAUGCCGGCGCAGCGACCCUGACGACGACCGCGACGACGAUCGCGACGACGGCGGGCUCGAGCGCGACCGCAAAAGCGGCGCCGCCCGCGGGAAAGGAAGAGGAGCGGCGGACUUCCCCACGGGAGGCAGAGCUGAGCAACGGGCUGCUCAAGGGGCGGCCGUCGUUGCCGCCGCUGCCGCCGCCGCCGCCGCUGGCUGAAGUGGAGGCGCGGGAAGAGAAGGCCUUUGGCGAGAAUUGGCGGAUUGGGAGCAGCGGGACGAAUCGUGAGGAGGCGGAGACUUUCCUGUGAAGCUCCUGCUGAUUAAUAGAUUCUCCAGCCCCCCCUCCUUUCUCCUCUUCCUUCCGUCGCGCCCUUCAAACGGACGAGUUUCUUCCUUUGCGAGCGAGAAGCUUGCAAUUUUUAUUGUUUUGUUUUGACGUCGGACGUUUUCAACCUUGACGAGUUUCAACUUUGUUUCUUUCAACCUCUUUAAUUGCGACGCCUAAACGAUGGGCCGUGACAAAAAAGCCGAAAAGAGUGAAAAAAAACCCAGUGGUUGUGCUUGUGGAUUGGGUACCCUUGCAAUAAUAUUAUUAACAACAGUGAGUUUCUACAAGACAAUUAUUAAUGAUUGUGCGUGAUUUUUUUGUCACAAUCUUCUUCCCUAAUCCAUUGACAGGUCACAUGCAUACACACUGGUACGAUCGGUAAUGUGUGCAAUCUGUCGGUGAGUACGAUGCAGUAGUUGUGCGAUAUAAAUGUCCGGGGGGGGGGGGGGGGUGUGGGUCGGGGGGUUGGGCGCUGGUGGGGGGCUGUUUCUGGUGAUUCAGAAAGGGCUCCCAGGAAAGGCUCUGAGCAACGAGGUCGACGUUUCGCACGGCUCUCCGCUGCCAGAAGUGGGAUAAAGAAGCUCCCGCGAAUUCACCGUGAGGCAAACAUGGUUUUUUUUCUUCAUUAAUAUUUGUUUAACUUUGUUUACUCCAGGAAAGUCACGUGACUCUUCCUCGGGGGGGGGGGGGGGGCGCGGGGGGGUAUAAAGUUUUUCUUUUGCAGAACUAGGGAGCAACGAUUGCUUUUUAUAAUCCCAGUGAAUUAAUUAUCCCGGGUACAUUUUUCAAAUUUGGCACGCGAUGGCACUGCUCAUUGCUGCGAGUUAGCGUCGAGGGAUCUGUAACGUCCGCCGAGAAGCGGACGGCGUGCGUGCGUGCGGGUUUUUUUUACGGCCGCUAGACACCGCCGCAGUAUUAACCAGGGCGGCCGCUGGAUUCGACAUCAUGAGCCUCUGCCCCAACGAGCGACGAGAACGCUGGGCCCUGCCACUGCCCGGAGGCUCCAAGUUAAAUGCGAAGUAUGCAUAACGAACAUCGCUGAGCGGUCAUUAAAUAAAUGCGAGUAUUUUGUUUACCAUUAGUUUAACACAAUUUUAAAAAGGUAGCCAUUCUAUGCGAAAUUUUCCAACAAUCACUCUCCUCCACCCAACGAGAUUGUAACGUUUGUCGGGUGGUGGAGGGUCAUUGACGAGAUUUUCGUCCCAAAACUACAAAUUUGGCCCGAAACCAAAAAAAAACAUAUCGAUCAAUCAAGUAAAAACAAUUACAGCUAAUAUAGCGCCUUUCAUAACAUCCGCCCAUUGUAUUCGCUAUGGGAAACCAACGCUUUAAACAAGUUACCUAAAACUUCCAAGCCGCCCAGCGCGCCGCAUAUCAAAUUGCAGCGGUACGUGUUGAUACAUACGCACGGGCACAAAAACACGCAACGCCGUACCCCACACGCCCACGAGUGGGAUUGCGCACGGACAAAGUCCCGGAAACAUCUUUCGGGCACCCGAUACUCGAUCGAUGACAUCAGUGACUCACGAUACCAAUCGGCACGAUACCGCGAUACCGAUCGUACGUUUUGUUAUUCGUUGUCGGCCGUUAAGCAGGCUGACGCUAAUAGCGUAUCGCGUCGGUCUGUGCGCGGAGCACUGAGCGCUCGUCAGCGGUGUAGGGGUCGACGUUAAGUAAAGCGAAGGACGACUCAAAAGGGCUCGUGUCAGACACGCAGAGCUCGACGUUGUAACAUUCGGCCGGGCCACGUGCGUUCAACGCCUCUCUAGAGCAUUUAGCUGCCCAACUGUCAGAUCAGGAUGAGUGCUUCACAGGAAAGUGAACACCUUACCUGCUGUUCCCAUAGUCUGGAGCAACCUCCCAUGAGUCAAUCUGCAGUGCUGACUCCCCCCCCCCACCCCCUUCAAUCACCUUCCCCCCCUCUCACCCUCCCCCUACCUCCCUUACUUCAACAGUGGGAGGGAGUUGGCAAGUUCAUGCUUGAGACUUUUCUAAAAUGCCCUUAAUCCGAUUGGCCUACAGAGCCUGAGAUUGGAUCCUAUGAAUAGAAAUGUAAAGUUUCCACUCCUGCCGCCUGGGUGCCAAUGGAGAUGUGCACCGCCCCUCAUUGCUCAUAGACGUGGCAAUUUACUUCAGUAAUGCUCGUGUGCUUGCACUUUGUGGCAGAUUGCGCUCAACUUUACCCACGAACACGUUGCAAAUUCAAAUCCUAGCCGAGCGCCAAACUGAGCGCCCACCAUCCUCAUUGUCCCUGCGGAGAAUUCAACUUUGGCCAGAUGCUGUGAAUGUUUCAGUCAACAGCCGACCUCCACGACCAACUCUCGCUAACCUCGUCCGUCGCCGCCGACCUCCGGCUGCCACUCCAGUGGCGGAGCUCGGUGACGCUCCAUCCCUCGUGCUGCACGCCUCUCCUCUCCACCGCACACCGCCCCCCCCCCAUUGAUUUCAUCCGCAAUGUUUUGUAUUCAAAUUCAAGUUUGCUUUCCCUGUCUUGUCGUGAAAUUCCUGGCAUCAUGUGAAUGCACGUGCACCUCAAGGCCAGGGGCUUCUUUACCGGUUGCUUUUCCGAGGUGUGCCACUCGACACAAACCUCGCUUGGAUGUUUUAACGUGCUCUCUUCGCCGCCUCCAAAUUCCAUCGUUCGAGCUGCUUAUCCCUCCUGUCCCCUGGCGCGAGAGUGACACGCGGGGGAGAGAAGCGCACUGCGACUUCACCACCCGGCGCGAAAGAUGGUGCCAGCUGCCACAAGUGCCGCUCGGCAUUCGGGGAGCGGAGAGCGCCCGGCCUUGGUGCUCCGUCUCGCUGUGCAUGCGGUCGGCCUCUGCAUUAUUCACCCCGAUGGUGGCACGGUUGGGCAUUUCGCGGCAAGCUCGGACCGAGGGUGUUUCCCCCGUAAUAUCCGAGGGUGUUUCCCCCGAAUAUCUCACCUUAGAGACAGGGCGGAGAACUACGUUGUAAAUGCAUUGUCUCGAGUGGCGAAAUUAUUACACAGCUGACAAGAAAUAUCCCGGUGGAAGUCUAAAUGCCCCGAGAAUGCCGACAGAUUGCCCAGGACGGUUUUGAGCCUGGGAAAUCCGGGACGGGUGGCAACCGUAGACUCGGCUGAGGUUUAUGCAGCGUUGACUGAUGAUGAACCGUUCCGCUGUUCGGAUCACGGUUGAUUGCAGCUCGCGGGAGGACACGGUAAAUGCUUGAAGUGGCUCUUGACGUUCCGCGCGGUAAUUGCUGGUAAUGGUCCGCGACUCGUCCAUGCAAAAAUGGCACAAAGUGGGAAGGAGUGACACGGGGUGAAUUGCUAUUCGACGGGCUAUUUUGCAUAUACCCACCGACCGCUUCCCCCAGUUGGUGGCAGCGUUUCCAUGGACGCGGAAUCUCCCCCGCGCAGUGAUUUUUAUUUUCGCAAUCAUCCGAAUCCUCUCAAAGCAAAGCGGCACUUUCGACCUGGACGUGAAGGCAGGCGAGCGGUGAGCGUAACCGAGAUGCUCAAGCACACCCACCGCUUUAUAUAUGUGUUUUUGCACGUGGUGUCCUGCGGGGGCGGUCCCGGAGGAACCGAUUGUUUCAAAUCCUGCGAAUAUCAAUUAUUUUACCCGAUUCAUGUUGUCCCGUGCGACUCUGUGCGACGUGCGUGGCUGUCUCGUUCUCCUCUCACUCCUACUCCCCCCCCCCCCCGGAAGUACAACCCACACCUUUACAAUUCAAUUACCCCGAAUGCACUUUUGUGGUAGAACGUACGAAAGCAAAUAUAGACACGAACGCACGCUGCUGUGACGUGGUGGUGUAAAUAGCUUGGGGGGGGGGCGUUUUGUUUUAUGGCCAAAUGUUCGGUCUCGAUUUAAUUCGCUCCCCCUUCUUCCCUUGUCGGCGAUUUGCAAUACUGACUCACGGGUUGGAGUGCCUGCAACCAGCGAAUGCAGACGCGCCUACUGCCCAGCAAUAACACUGUAUGGCUUCCAAAAGACUUAAGCGGCAGCGGCGGCUGCGGCGUGCUCGCGUGCACGUGUGCGCGACCACGCCCCGGGUGUGCUGUCCGUCGUGCUACGUGUAAGGCUGAUGCCACUUGUCACAGGUGUAGGGCAAGAAAGUCUUAAAUGCACCUGUCCGUAACCCUAACUUCUACACCUUAAACCCCCUACCCUUAAACCGUAACACCAAAACCCUAACCUUAUUCCUGACCCGUAAACCCUAUGCCUAAUAUCCUUAACCUCUCACCCCUAAACCAUAUAACUCUCACUGCUGAAAGCUAAAGACGUGGGCAUUGUGAAGGACCGCCGCUGUUGGGUAAACACGACCCAACGAUGGCCCGUGAUUGCUCGAGCAUCUUCUCGAUGCUUGGAUUAAAAAAAAAAAAUCUGCGGGAAUAGUGAGCGGUGUGCGGGGGCCGUACCGCUCUCGUUUUUGCACUUUACCGCCCUGCGCGCUCGGCCCAUGGGGUAGCGGGGCAGUCGG